UGUCUCUCUCAUGAGGACGUGACGUUUCAUGGCCCCUCCAGUGGCGAUCUCCGUGUUUUCUACAGGAGUGAUGAGGGGAAAAACAAGAAAAAGUAAAAAAACCCUGAUCACUUACUUGGACUCAAUGACUACAUUACCCAGAACACCAUGUGUAGAAUACCGACAGCUUAGCCAAUGAAGGUGUUUCCAGCGAAGCUGAAUUCGAAGGGGCGGGACUUCCGGCAUCCCCGCAGCGGGCAUGUUGGCUCUUCCCAGAUCCGCUCUGCUGCACGUUUGGAGGCUGCAGAUCGCUGGGUCCUGGUGGAGAUGCCCCGAGGGAGAAGGCGCGGGAGUCGUGGCCGUGGUGCACACAGCACACGCGCGGGUGUGAAGCUCGAUGUCCCCGCCCGGGUGACCCGCUCCAGGGCCCGGAAAGGGACCGCCCUUCCCGCCGCGGCCUCUGCUCCCGCCGCUCCCGCCCGGCUCCGCACACACACUCGGAUGGCGGCGGCAGCUGGGAGGCGCGGGGCUGAGGUUGGCGUGACCUUUGAGGACAUUGCCCUGUACUUCUCCAGGGAGGAAUGGAGCCUCCUUGAUGAGGGUCAGAGGCAGCUGUACCUGAAUGUGAUGCUGGACAACUUUGAACUUGUAUCCUCCCUGGGUUGCUGCUGUGGAGCAGAGAAUGUGGAGGCACCGACUGAGCAGAAGGUUUCUGUAAGAGUGUCACAGGCAAGGAAUCCCAAGGUAGCCUUGUCUUCCCAGAAGAGCCACCCCUGUAAUGGUUGUGAGCCAGUCUUGAAAAAGAUUUUCCACAUUAUUGACCUACAGGGAACACAACGCAGCCAGAUACGGUUGAGGUGCGGGGCAUGCGCGAAACGAUUUUAUUUCAGUACAAAAUUUCACCAGGACCAGGAGCAACAUAUGAGAGAGAAACUUUCCGUCAGUGGUGUGGACAGGAUCUCACUUGCAGAGGGCGGCAAUUUCAAUGCCUCACAGAAGCAUUUUACCUGCGGAGAGGUUGGGCCGGAAAUCCUUAUGGGGUCAGGACAUCACCAAAAGGCUACUCAGACCGGGGAUAAGUCAAAUGAAAUACCAAUGUCUGCCAUGACUUUUCAAAGCAGAAAAAAUUAUUACACCAGGAAAGGAUAUAAGAGAGCGAUUGGCCGCAAGCACACAUUUGUUCAAGACAAGAGUGCUUUAACUAGAAGACAACGUUUAGUGUGCCAUGAAUGUGGAAAGUAUUUUACCAGAUUGUCUAGUUUUUUUUAUCAUCAGAGACUUCACACUGGAGAAAAGCCCUUUAAAUGCAGUGAAUGUGGGAAAUCUUAUACCGGUAGCACUGGUCUCCUUUAUCAUCAGAGGAUUCACACUGGAGAAAGGCCCUAUGAGUGCAGUGAAUGUGGGAAAUCUUUUAGCAGGAUCGAUUCCCUUCGUAUUCAUCUGAGAGUUCACAGUGGUGAAAGGCCUUAUAAGUGCCAUGAAUGUGGGAAAUCUUUUACCACUAGCACUGGUAUUCGUCAUCAUCAGAGAUUUCACACUGGUGAAAAGCCGUUUAAGUGCAGUGAAUGUGGGAAAUCUUUUACCAGUAGCACUAGCCUUUGUUAUCAUCAGAGACUUCACAGAGGAGAAAGGCCUUAUGAGUGCAGUGAAUGUGGGAAAUCUUUUACCUGUAGUAGUAGCCUCCGUUAUCAUCAGAGAUUUCACACAGGAGAGAGGCCUUAUCAGUGCAGUGAAUGUGGGAAAACUUUUACCAUGAUUAGAUGCCUUCGUCGUCAUCAGAUAAUUCACACAGGAGAAAGGCCUUAUGAGUGCAGCAAAUGUGGAAAAUCUUUUACCAUGAUCCAUUAUCUUCGUCGCCAUCACAGUGUUCACACUGGAGAAAGACCUUAUGAGUGCAGUGAAUGUGGCAAAUCCUUUACCACAAUUUAUAGCCUUCGUAAUCAUCGGAGAUUUCAUACAGGAGAAAAGCCUUAUGAGUGCAGUGAAUGUGGAGAAUCGUUUUCCAUGCUCUAUUCCCUUCGUAGUCACCAGAGAGUUCACACUAGAGAAAGGCCUUAUGAGUGCAGUGAAUGUGGGAAAUCUUUUAUCAGUAGCAGUGGCCUCCGUUAUCAUCAGAGACUUCACACUGGAGAAAGGCCUUAUGAGUGCAGUGAAUGUGGGAAAUCUUUUACCAAGAACCAAUCCCUUCUUUAUCAUCAGAGAAUUCACACUAGACAAGGCCCUUAUGAGUGUAGUGAAUGUGGGAAAACUUUUACCGGUAUUCUAAGCCUUCGUAGUCACCAGAGAGUUCACACUAGAGAAAGGACUUAGGAGUGUAGUUAAUGUGGCAAAUAUUGUACCCAAAAUUCUAACCUUAUUUUGCACAUAAGGCUUCACAUGGGAAGAAGGUUGUAUAUGCAUAGGAAAUGUACAAUUUUUAAGGUCAGUCUUAACAAUACUAUAGGAAACUCUAUUUUCUAUUUGUCUGACUUGAAUCUCAUACAUUCGAAUGUCAAAAGUAGGGAGAUUCCCUAUAAACUUAUCUGAAAAUCAUGUGUGUGUAUGUUGCACUUUCUAAUUUACACAGGUGUCCUGCCAGAUCUAUGUCCCUGAAUGUGUCUGUUGCUGAAGCAAUGUCACCUGUACCACCUAUACCGGCGGUUCUCAACCUGUGGGUCGCAACCCCUUUGGGGGUUGAACAGCCCUUUCACAGGGGUCGCCUAAGACCAUCGGAAAAUACAUAUGUAUUUUCCGAUGGUCUUAGGAACCGAGACACCGUUCCUUUAUCCGUCUCCAGGCGGGUUCGCCCACAUGCAGAUAUGCCCACAUACGAGUACCCGGCGUAUUAAAGGGUCGUGGCAUUAGGAAGGUUGAGAACCACUGACCUAUACAGUGUCCUCAGAUGGCAUCAGUCACCAUCCUCAUUGGCGCAGGGAAGCUAACUCUGUUCUCUGAUUUGUUGGAGACUAGGACCAGCCUUUUCUUAGAUGUGUAUUUGCUACCCCUGUAUCCGUAGUAAAAUGUCUGGUUAAUUGUCCUGCCUAAUCUGGUAUGAGUUUUGGCAAUUUUCUUUAACAGAAGGGAAGCGGGACAACAAAGAUGGAUGUUGGAAUUUCACUCAUUUUGUGCCAUUUUUGCUUUAUAAAAUAAAUGUUUCUUUCCUGUA